UAGUGACCGCCUCUUUCCAUCUUUUCCAACAAACCUCGUCUGUUUCCGCUCUUGUUGUACGAGAAGGGAAAAAUGGACACCAGUUGAGCAUUUACAAGUUUACAAGGAUUUGUUUUUAUGUUCUCCAUCUUUUUACAGCGAUCAAACAUUUUUACUCUAUCGCGCGCGUGUGGAACAUGAGGCACGAGCGAGAAAGAGUUAAACACUAACUAAAGUUAUUACUCAUAGUCCAGAUUAAGGGAAAAAAAAACAGAAGCUCGGGUUUGCUUUUUUAAGGAAUAUUUACAAAAAAGAGCUGGAGAAGCUGAGGAUGGCGCGCGGGUGCCUGUGCUGUGUCAAAUACAUGAUGUUCCUCUUCAACUUGCUCUUCUGGCUGUCAGGUUGUGGCCUGCUGGGAGUCGGGAUCUGGCUCUCCAUGUCUCAGGGGAGCUUCGCCACGUUUUCUCCUUCCUUCCCUUCGCUUUCGGCUGCCAAUCUGGUCAUCAUCCUGGGCUCCAUCGUCAUGGUGACAGGCUUCCUGGGCUGCAUGGGCGCCAUCAAGGAGAACAAGUGCCUGUUGCUGAUUUUCUUCAUUGUCCUGUUGAUAAUUCUGCUGGCAGAGUUGAUUCUGCUCAUUCUCUUCUUUGUGUACACAGACAAGGUGAGUGAAAAUGCACAGCAGGACCUAAAAGAGGGUCUGCAACUGUACAACACCGACAACAACAUCGGCCUGCGCAACGCAUGGAACAUCAUCCAGUCCGAGUGGCAGUGCUGUGGUGUAAUUGGGCACACAGACUGGCAUGAUGCCCUGCCUGACAAGACAGUCCCAGACCGAUGUUGUCAGGAGCAUUAUAAAGAGUGCGGGCGCAACGCCAGUAACAUCUUCUGGUCUCAAGGAUGCUACGAGAAGGUUGUGGACUGGCUGGACGAUAACAAACACCUGUUGGGCACCAUUGCUAUGUGUGUGCUGGUCAUACAGCUCCUCGGGAUGGCGUUCUCCAUGACUAUGUACCAACAGAUUCAUAGAGCGGGGAAGAAGUACAGUGCCUAAAAGAAAGACUUAAACCUCAUUAACAAACAUAAACUACAGCAGCACCAAGACCUUUAUAGUCCAUUAUGCUUCCUGCAUCCUUCCAUUUCUGGACACUACCAACAAUUAUAGACUGUGUGUCUAUAUAUAUAAUCCAGUAAGAUUUUAUAGUGUGUAUUUGAAAACAUAUUCACAAAUACAUGGCAAAGAAUUGUUAUAGGCAAAAAAAAUGUUUCAAAGGAAGCAGAUGAUACGAAUGAAAUCUUUUGGAGGGAAAAAAAAUUAAUUUGGCUCUUCAUGUACAGCAGGAUUAAUGAGCCACCGUCGCUCCGCUGUUUGUAUAAUGCAUUCCCUGACUGAGGACAAGAUGAGAUUUAUUACACAACACUGAAGACUGCCUAUUUGUACAAUAAUGUACUUUCUCUUUCUCUCAUUUGCUCUUACACACAUACAUCGUUUCUCAUAUAUUGACUAUAAAAGCAUGUAACACAGAUCUCUUUUGAAGAGUUAACUGUAUAGUUGUUCACUUGCCCUGUUUAUCCUAUAAAUAGAUGAUUAUAAUCCUG